AUGAAGUUUUUGCAACACCUCCUUCCCUUGGCCGUGGCCUUUCUGCCCAUGACCAAUGCACUCCAAGAUCCCGACAUGGUUCAACAUGUUGAGCUGAAUGCCGACCCCAGUCCACCAUCCUUGAUCUACAACAAUCCUGUCGGUGGCGACGGUGGAAAGGACUUUUCUGUCAUUGGCGAACCCUCUGAGACAAUUGAUACCCUUCAGUUCUGGGUCGGGGAGGACGCUGGUCAACCCAAAGUACUCCGGGGACUCCAAAUCACCUGGUCCGACAAUCGGAAGAGCACAGUCUACGGAACAACGACGGAUGAGUGCCAGUCAUUCAAGUUCGAGCCAGGUGAAACCAUCACGGAGAUGCAGAUCGCCGGGGGGUUGCGCGCGGAUAGCAUCUCUUUCACAACAACAUCCCGCUCGUUCUUUGCUGGGGGUCAAGGAGGGAAGAAAGUUACGAUGGAUGUGGGCAGCGGCAUACUUGUUGGUUUCCAAGGGGGCGCGGCCAAGGCCAUUGAUCGCCUUGGGCCUAUCUUUGCACAGGCCCAGGGUGCGACUUUGAAGGUCGAGCAAUGCAUGGACUGUAAUUAG